AUGUGUUAUCUUGUAAAUUUAAAUCAUCUAUCGAAAUCAUUAGAUCCAAUUGAACUUUGUGUAAAUUAUAGUAGUUGUAAUAGUGAUAUUUUAGCAAAAACUAAAAGUGGUAUUUUAAAUAAAAGGUAA